CAAACAUACCCUAUAAUCACGUGCCCAAAUUAACUGCAGCGGGGCUACCGUGUCCGGGGUGAAAAAUCAUCCUUGAGGUGAGGACGUUACUUCCAUCAUAUCCACCUCAAUUCAUACAAUACUACCCUAGAAUGCCAGCCACCGUGUACUCCUACGCAGAAUCGCAAGACGUCGCCGACUCCCUUGCAAAAUACAUUUUGGAUAUCCAGACGAGAGCUUUGGCGAUCGCACCCACCUUUAAGAUUGCCAUCUCGGGGGGCUCUUUGGGCAAGGUAUUGAAGAAGGGGUUAAUUGACAAUGAAGCCAUGGCACGGCAGAUACAAUGGGCCAAGUGGGAAGUCUCCUUCAGUGACGAGAGACUCGUGGCGUUGGACCACGAAGACUCUAACUACGGGUUGUUCAACGAAAUGGUACUCUCUGCCUUGAAGGCUAAGAGUAUCACCGCCCCUAAGGUUUACACUAUCGAUGAAUCCUUGUUGAAGGGAGAAAAUGGCCAGGUUUCUGAGGGUACCGAGGCUGCUGACAGCCAGAUCGCUGAGCAGUAUGCGCUGCAGUUGCCAGCCUCCUUUGACUUGGUAUUGUUAGGCUGCGGUCCAGACGGCCAUACCUGCUCCCUCUUCCCAGGCCACGCCUUGUUGAACGAGAGAAGCGUCAAAAUUGCGAAUAUCAGCGACUCUCCAAAGCCACCUCCAAGAAGAAUCACCUUCACCUUCCCAGUGUUGGAAGCUGCCAAGAACAUCGCUUUUGUCGCCGAGGGCGCUGGCAAGGCCGGGAUCUUGGGUGAGAUUUUUGGUGCAAAAGACAGCGGUUUGCCUUCUGAGCAGGUCAACAAAAUCCAGGUUCCAGUUUCGUGGUUUGUGGGCGACUCAGCCGUCGCUGGCGUCCCGGUUCUCACCUCCAAGUACUAAACGGUCUUGGAAAAUAGCUAAAAACCGAGGAAAUAUAGCACUGGUUGUAAGUGGAGUAAAAGACCGAGGUCAAAGAAAUGCGGUCUGUUUGACAAGAACGGAUAACACCAUUAGAAGGGUGAUGUGAAUAUCGAGGAAUUAG